UGAAACUGUAGUUCUGUACGUCAGUAUAAUAGGUCAAACAAUCCCAUGCCUUAAGGAAAGUGCUGUACUAAAUGCUGAGUUGCUUCAUGUGAUGGAGCAUUCAACUUGAAGAAUCACACUGUGUGUGGGAAUCGCCAAGCCCUCAGUUCAGUUAUGUAAGUCCAGGACUGAUUCCUGCUGUGGGAGAGCAGUGGGUUCACAUCCACACACUGCUGCCAAAUGACUCCAGUGCUCCCAUUAAUAUUGUUGGUGCAGUGGUGGCACAUUCCACUCCAUCUGAAUAAUGGUGCAUCACAUGAUCUGGACAAUUGGACUGAUCUCUACCAGCUACAGCACAGAUGUCUCUCCACACUAUGGCUUCACAACAAACAGCCUGUCUUUUCUUUUCUGGACAAGCACAAGUAAACCUCUCUGUUUAACACUUCCGGUCUUGGUGUUCUUUACUACCACAACAUUCCCUUUUAUCCCUCAUCUUUACUUUGUGAGUAUCCUGUAUUCUGUCUGUAAAAAUGGACACCACAGAGCCUGUGCAGUCCAGUCUCAACUCCUCCUAUGCUGCGACUGCUCUUGGCAAACACAGUGUAUAUGAGGAUGAGGAAAGCGAGGACCAGGAUCCCUCUGCAUCACUCCUGCCCAAACAUUCUUCAGUGCCUCUGUCCGUACGCUACAGUCCAGAGGACUCUUACUGUUUGGUGUACAUCAUCUUCUUUCUGAUGGGCAUCGGCUCCCUGCUGCCCUGGAACUUCUUCAUAACAGCCAAACACUACUGGCUCUACAAACUGAGUAACAACACUCAUGGCAGCGGCAGUGAUGAGCAACGUUCAGACCUCAGUGACUACUUUGAAAGCUAUCUGGCCAUUGCCUCUACGGUGCCCUCUGUGCUGUGUCUGAUACUCAACUAUGUCCUAGUUAACAGGUUGUCUUCAAACGUACGGAUCCUGUCGUCUCUUUUUGUGAUCCUGUUGGUGUUUGUGGUAACCACGGUGCUGGUGAAGGUGGACAUGUCAGACUGCAGGACGGAGUUCUUUAUUGUCACGCUGGCCAGCGUGGCUGUCGUCAGCGGAGCCUCGAACCUCUUCUGUGGCAGCAUGUUCGGGAUCAGCGGGCAUUUCCCCAUGAGGAUUUCUCAGGCUCUUAUAUCAGGCCAGGCCAUGGGAGGCACACUGAGUGCAGUAGCAUCAAUAGUGGACCUGGCAGCGGCAAAGGAUGUGACAGACAGCGCCCUGGCCUAUUUCCUGACAGCCGACGUCUUCAUCCUGCUCUGCAUCAUCUCAUAUCUGCUGCUGCCCAAGCUGGCAUAUUCAAGACACUACAUGCUUGCAGCAACGUGCACCAGUUCAGGAGUGGUGAGCGAGGGGGGGGCAGCAGCAGGCACAGGGAAAACCACCUCUAUCCCACCCCUGCAGCCUAUCCUCAGGAAGACGUGUGUGCUCGGCGUUAGCGUCUUCUACGUCUUCUGCAUCUCUAUCAGUGUGUUCCCUGCAGUAUCCUCGGGGAUCCAGUCUAUCAACAAAGACAGCGGCAGCCCCUGGACAACCACUUAUUUUGUACCCCUCACCAGUUUCCUCCUGUACAACGUAGCAGACUUCUGCGGCAGGCAGACCACAGCCUGGCUGCAGGUUCCUGGUCCCACCAGCCGAGUCCUGCCUGCACUGGUGCUGUGUCGCUCCGUCAUUGUGCCACUUUUCAUGUUCUGUAACUACCAGCCGAGGGACCACCUCCACACUGUGCUGUUUGGCCAUGACUUAUACCCUGUGGUCUUUAACUGCCUGCUAGGCCUAACUAAUGGCUACUUAGGCACUCUGCCAAUGAUUUAUGGCCCUAAGGUGGUACCUCGAGAGCUGGCAGAGGCCACAGGAGUGGUCAUGUCCUUCUUCCUCACUCUGGGACUGGCUGUGGGAUCUGCUUUCUCUGUGCUUAUUGUGCAUUACAUCUGACCAGGCUGUUAAGCAAUAACAUAGUUAUUUACAGUGGUAUAGUUGAGCUAUAUAGCAGACAGUAGCUGCACAGUGAAUUCUGAUGAAUACCAGAGCCUCACAGCACUGUGAUGCUCUAGUAAAGCCAUGAGGGAAAAGUGCUGAUAAGCUACUCAUUUCCACUCUGAAUCAAAAAGCCUUAACUACUUCAUACCUCACAUUAAUAUGUAUCUUGUUUGCAUUGAUGUGGCUCACGACGUGAGGAUGACUGUGUCCGCCACGACUUGGUCUCUACAUAUUUAUGAUCAGGUAGUGGCUCUUCAAGCAACAUGAGCAAUCAGUGCAGUCCAUAGACACCUCAUUAAACAGUUUUUUUCAUAUUGCAAAACACAUUGUGCUCAGAUUUAUUUGGUCUGGGGUGAUAAUUUGUGGUACAUAAGUUAUGUAGAGGUUGUUUAAUGUACUGUUAGUUCACUGUAGUGUAAUAAAAUAUACAGAUGGUAAAGAAGCACCACAUCUCAGGGAGGGAUACAGCUGGAAAAACAUGAUUGUUGUUGUGUGUGUGUGUGUGUGUGUGUGUGUGUUAUGUGGUUAAUUCAUGUCUUUAUAUACAGUCUAUGGUCUGCAGUCUGUAAACCUGACUGAACUUGAUCAGACUGACUUUAUAAACUGAACAUUUCCACUAA